AUGAACUUCAUGAUCUGCGAGAGGAAAGAACCAGACUUAUUGAUCAUCACCGUCGUCUGGAAGAGGGAAUGGUCGAGACUGAAAGCAUUCGAACCGAGCGAGCAGAAAAUCAAAACUCUCGAUGAAGUCCUGGAUCUGAGGAGAGAAAGAAACAAGAUUCUCGAUCGUACCUACACUCUGCAAGAACAAAAACUUUCUUCUCAAUGAAGUGCACGAUCUGAAACAAGAAUGGAUCAAGCCUGACGUCUCCGGCCUGAGAAAGGAACGGAUCGAAUUGCGCGAUCAGCUCUCACAAAAGUCAAAAGAGUGUGCCGAAGUCAAAUCGGAACUCAAUGACUUGAAGUUGCGUUUCAACAGCUUAUUCGGAAAUACCGACGUUGUGCAAUCUUUGAGAACGUAAAAAUUGAAAGGCCACCCUGGAAGAACUGAUCAAGUCCAACUCGAACUCAAGGAGAAGCUCGUGAACGCGCACUGCGAAAACGCCAAAAUGAACGCGAUACCACUGCAACUGAAUAUGGCCAGAGCGGAGACCAAAGUUCUGCGCAGAAAUCUCGAAUCUCUGUCGCGUAAGAAUGAGCAGCUCCAAUCUGAGAAUCAGAACUGGAAGGCCGUCUUGUCUGCCUUGGCCGACGCUGCCCGGUUCAAAACAGAGAAGUACGUGAUGCAAGCCUGUUCGCCGCUCAAGGUAGAACCCAAAAUAAACUUCCUUUUCGAAUUUGAUUUCCGCCAGAUUGCCACGGCCCAAACUCCAGCUCAGAACGAUGCCAAAUCGGUUCACGUAACAUGGUAUCGUUUCUGCAUUUUUGAAAUUUUCAAAGGUUAAAGGAAAAAGUAUUAUUUGAAAAAUCACUGGAUAUAACUUUAAAUUUGCGCUCCGUGAUAAGGCACAAAACAAGAUGAUUUAUAAAUUUUUACAUGUGGUCGAAAUGGAAAAAUAUAGGCGCUGAGGAGGCGUGACCUGUCUGCGCCUAUGCCAACCAGGCACUAUCUCUUCUUUUUAUCGUGUCAGGACCCAUUUUUCGAUGGCUCAGAGCCAGUCAUGAGUCAGCUGGGAUGUAUUGCAAAUUUCCAUCAUCCAUCAUGUUUUAAAUUUCAAUCAUUCUUUGAGAAAUUUUCUCGAAUGCUCUUUAUUCAUAUGACAUGCUUGAAAACAAUUUCCUGAAUAAAGCUUUUCUCAAGUCAUUAAAUAAUUCGGACCUAGAGACGAACCAUUGAGCGUGGUGUAAAAAUUUGAUAACUUUGGGUGUUUAAAAUCAAAAAUGUCUGAAUGCGCGUAUAGCUGAUUCACGGCUACGUUGGGACGUUAAGGGGCGUGUCUGUCUGCGCUCUCCACGCCAGCUGUCUUGUGCAUUAUCGUGUCAGGAUCCUCGAUGGCUCAAGUCAGCCUUGAAUCAGCUAUAAGAGCUGUAUCUCGUAAGACACAAUUCUUUACGACCAAAAUUUGUUCGUAAAAUUCAAUUUUGCGUAUUUAUGUAAAUUCAUUUCAAAACGAAAAACACGUCCAUUUGUAAUCGUCAGAUAAUUUUAAACACGGCGUCAUCGUUGGAAUGAUACGAGCUGAUUCACGGCUCGCCUGAGCCAUGAGGGUCCUGACGCGAUGAAAAGAGACACUGCCUAGUUGGUGGAGCGCAGACAGGCCACGCCCUUUUUCGUCCUCAAGCGAGCCGUGAGUCGGCUAUACUCGAGACUUUUUCAAGUGCGGAAACUUAAUAUAUUAAAUUUUGCGAGGCCUGGAGCUCUUUCAUUUCUGAGUAAGCGCGAACGUUUUUGGAUGAGCUCUUCUCGAUCCAUUGUGGAAACUGCACAUGUUGUCCGAAGAAUCACUUUGAUUAUUGGAACGUUAAAGCAAAUAUCGAUUAAAUAUCUUCACAACAGACUGAAUGUUUCCGAAAAACGAGGUUGGUUUGAGUGUCCAUUAGUUUUUAAAUUGUCAAUUCUAGUUUUUCUAUCUGACUCGCUCAUGAAGAGAGUUCAAAUGGUUCUGAAAAAGGUAUUCCGUUUCUAUUUAGCAUGCUCCAGAGUAAAUUGUCAGCUUCGAAACAUUUUCAUUCGGAUAGAAAUCUCGAUGCUCUAAAAAAUGUAGAAAACACCAGUGCACUGCAAACUACGAUCGAGUUGUUGAAAUGGAAGGAUUUGAGGGUUUUUCCUUUCUAGUUUGAUCCCUUUUUGUAACAGUUGCUUUCAAGAGAUCAAGGACCAUUUCUAGUGUUCGAUUUUUCAUCUUCUGAAACGGCUCACGACGAAGUUUUCUUUGUAGAAGGCCAACCAUUUUAUGUCCAUUCGCAGGUUCGUUGUGAGUUUUCGAAAUUCGCAUUUGGAAAAAUUUUCCUGUACAACGUAUGAAAAGAGAUGCGGAUAUCUAUUAUUAAUUCGCGUAAACGGAUAUAUUUUUCAUGUGCAUUUAUUGCAUAUUUACCAUAAUUACAAAUUAAUUUUUUUUUUUUCGUUCAGAACGUUUUCGUGCAUUCUUCGGUCCUCGAAAGGAUUGUCAAUGAAAAGAAAAAUGAAAUGAAAGAAGACAAAAUAAAGAAAGAAAUCGAAGAAGAACAAAUCAGUGGAAUCGAGCUGAAUGACGUCACAGCAGACGAGUUUCGACAUUUUUUGAACGCGAUUUAUCCUGUUCGCAAUGGAAUUUGUGGUGAAUUCGCUCCCAAACAUUUUUGAGCGAUUACAUUUUUAUUUUGAGCCGAAAGUGUUGGAGCUGUUCUGAAACUGGCCGUAAUGUACAAGGCGACAGUUCUUUUCCCGAAAUGCGAGCGGUUUCUGCGCUCCGAAGAAGGAAAGAAGAUUUGCGUCGUGCAGAGGUGGGACUGGGCCGCCCGUUACCGUAUGAACGACCUUCAGGUACCCAUUCAAACUCUGCAAACAGCAAAAAAGUGUUGAUUUUCUGCUUCAGGAAGACCUGUACAAGUCGAUGAACAGCCUCCACGAAUUGGCCAGGUUGAGCGAAAUUCCUGAAUGGAUCAACAUGUGCGAAGCCGCUAAGAAUCAGUUUAUUGCAUUUUUCUUCCGCCUUGAAAAAUUAUUUUCUGAGCAUAUUUUGCGUCUUCUUUGAAAUUGUUUUUCGUUUUAUCUUUGCCUUCGAAGAUUUGUAUGUCUGCUUUUCUAUAGCAUCACCAAGAUUUUUUGGAAAUUUUUCGAACUUUUAAAGUACUUUGAAUCUACUCAUCCACGCUCUAAAAGAAAAAAGUUCAGUGAAUUUUUUCCCAUCCGUAUUUUAUUAACGCUAACUUGGAACCGGUGUGACCAAAAAUUAUUCAAUUUUUCGCGAUUUUAUUGUCUCGGCUCAUUUCCUUCCCCAAAAUGUAUACACUUUCCGUCUUUUUCCCUGCCAAAACAAUAUUUUUCCGAAUUUUUGUAAUUGUGUUUUUUGUUCCUUUUUGUUAUCUGUUUUUGUUGUUAGAAUAUAGUUUUUUAUUUUUGGAGUUGUGGUUUUUGUUUUUUCAGUUUUAUUCUCAGAAUGUUACCUUUACGUUCGAAAGAAGAGGUGUAGAUUAUAGUCAAUUCUUCCCGACUUGAAAGGAAAGGGUUGCGUAUAGUCAAUGUUUCCCUGACUUGGACUCGUGCCAAGAACCGCGAACGCACACGCUACGCGUCCCGCCCCUUGCCCCGCCUCCUUCACCUUUCAAGUCGGGAAACAUUGACUAUACGCGAAAUUGUCACGUUUUUUUCUUUUCGUCAAAAAAUACAGUAACCAAAUUAGAUCCAAUUAGACCAACUUCGCUUCAAGACCUUUUUUUGCUUUUUUUGUAAAAGUAGAAUUGCAAUGAAGUUUUUUUAGGGUAGCAUUUUUUUCUUCUGCUGUUCUUGAAUAACGAGAUCCACCUCGCGCGGAAGCCGCAAAACUCAAAAAGACCCAAAAACAAUGGUCGUGAAGCGAAAUUGGUCAAGAUAGUUGAACUAUUGAAAAUAUAAAAAAAUCAUGAAAGUCUUUAUUUACUUUCCAUGACCUCCAGAAUAGUACUUAUUUGUUUUCAGAUGUACUCACGACCAGUCAAAAGGAAAAAGCCUGCCGUUUUUGGAACGUAACAGACGCGAAAUAAAGGAUUGGAAAAGAGGAAGUCGAAACUCUGGGAGAGGAGAGAAUCGUUAUUCUUCGGAAUCAUCCUCAAAGGGAGCGAGAAAUCAAGAUUCCAUUACAUGAUCCAAAGGAGGAACCAUACGAACCCGCAGAUACGAAGGAGCAGCCGAAGAAUCUACUCGCCCAACUGAAGAAGAAGUCCGAAGAGUGCGAUCGAGUCAAAUUAGAACUGUUGACUCUCAAACAUCGUUUCGAGACCCUCGUCGAAAAUUCGGAUGUCCUGCACUUCGAAAAAGCGAGACUCCAAGCCUCCGUGGAAGAACUGACCCAGGCCAACACCGAAAUGGGAAAUUUACGGAAGAAUCUCAUAACUUUGCACAAUGAGAACACCAAACUGAAAGCCUCCGUAGAAACGCUGAAUCAAACGAAAUUGGAACCCGAAUAUCUACGCGAAGAACUGAAAGUUUCCCACUGCGAAAAUAUGAAAGUGUCGAAUAUUGAACUGAAAGAGACGUUGCACGAACUGGAUUUGGCGAGAGAAAGGGUCAGAACACAACAAAAGAACAUCAACUUUCUGUCUCUCCAAAAUGAGAACCUCAGAUUCGAGAUACAAGACCUGAGGUCCGUCUUGUCGGUCUUCAUUGGAUCCGAAAGAAAUGAGUCGCCUCUCACGGUGAUGAUAAUAUAUUCACUUUGAAAUCAUUGUAUUUUGAUUUCAGGUCACCACGAACGAAGCUCAAGCUGAUGCUCAAUUGGUCAACUUUAAAUGGUGCGUCUUGUACAGCCUGUGUAUCACGACUUGAAAUUUCACCGAACGACAUUUCGCUGUUCCGCAGCGUGCUCGGCCGCGCCUCCACUUUUUUAUUUUAUUUAAGAACUCGACCAACACGUGUUCCCUAGUGCAACAGUCCAUCUAUCAGAAAUGAGAACCAAUUUACAGCGAGACCGAGGCUCGCAAAGACCCUUCGCGACGCAGCGGAACAGCGGAAUGUCGUUCGGUGAAAUUCAAGUCUUAGCACAGAGACUAUAAUUGAAAGGUUUUGAUGGAAAAUGAGCAGGACCGUUCAACCAAAAAUAAGUUCAAAAGAAAUGGUUUGUAGGGCAUGUGCGCUCCAUGAAUAAUAUACAUUCAGGCCAGGCUUGGGCGAGGGCCGGCCUGUCAACCUAUCGGCCCCCCGGCCACUUUCCAAGUCCGGCCCUAGAGAGGCCUUUAAGCAUAAAUGGCCAGCCCGGACCAAAAUGCUCAAAUUUUUUUCUCAAGUAUAAUAUCAAGCCUUUCUACGUCAGAAAUCAUUUUUUUAAGUCAAAAAUCAACCGGUCAUUCAUCUCAAUAAAUAUAAUAAUUUUGACAUUAAUUGUAUCAUUUUGAGCUAUUUCUUUUGGAAAAGCUCUUUUUGCUAUCUUUUUGCGACAUUCCAUCGGCUCUUGUGGCACCAUUCUGACUGCUUCUCCCCUUUCCCUCACUCAAGUUUCGAACAUUUCAAGUUCUAGAAAUGCUCGAUAAAAAGGAAUCUUAUUGCUGUCUUGUCGCAACCUUUCUUUAGACCUCUCCUUUUCAGCGGCCAUUAUCCGACAUACCGAUUUUGCCCGAGUAUGAAUUUUUUUCCCUGUUUCCAGGCGUGAACGAACAUUUUUCAACGAGUUUUCUCGUUGCGUUGUUGAAAUUACCUGCCGUCCUAAGAAGUUGUCGAAUUGUUGGAGUGUUAGAGCUAACGUCGGGAUAUCAUACGUCUACAGACAUGAGAAAUUUUCAGAAAAUGAAGGUUUUUAUUUUUGAUUAUUUUUUUAUCGAAGUUCUUUCAUUUUUAGACCUUUUACUUUCAAUCCAUUGAUGCCGACAGUUCGGAAUAGUUUUGAACAAGGUAUUCAUUUUAGCCAAACUCUGAACGGAAUUAUUGUUUACUGAUACUUUUUGAUCGGGUUUUUAUCCAUUUUCUCAUAUCAUCAUCUUGAAAAUAAGAAAAAAAUCUAACAUUUUUUUCAGCCGAGGAUGAAUAGGAACAAUACAAGUUCAGUGAGAUCUCUGGUUGGAGUGCUUGAGAUAGAUGGAUUUGAAGGGUUUUUUUCAACCCUUAUCUUAUUCUGGAGAUACCCAUUUUAAGACUUCAAGAAGAAAUUCCAACGUUCGAUUUUUGCGAACUCUGAAACAUUUCAUGACGAAGUAUUUGUUGUGGAGGGUCAGCCGUUUUAUGUCCAAUCUCAGGUUCGUGGUGCUCUUUUAUCAUGUAGAAAAAUGAUUUUUUUGAAACAUUUUCGCGUUUCUUUUUCCAGAAGGGGAAUAUUUGCUCGUAAAUUUUGAGUGUCAAAUUUCAAUAAAUUACACGUUUUCUGGUACUAAUCAGAUAUUUUUUUCAGAACGUUUUUCGUGCAUUCUCCGGUCCUUGAAAGGAUCGUCAACGAGAAGAAAAAAAUGAAAUGAAAGAAGACAAAAUAAAGAAAGAAAUCGAAGAAGAACAAAUCAGUGGAAUCGAGCUGAAUGACGUCACAGCCGACGAGUUUCGACAUUUUUGAACGCAAUUCAUCCCUUUCGUGAUGGUAUUUGUGGUGAUUUUGUUCUCGAGAUCAUUUUGAAUACUAAAGUUUAUUUGAAGCCAAAAACGUUGGAGCUGUUCUGAGGCUGGCUGAAAUGUACGAAGCGGCAUCUCUUUUCGCGAAAUGCGAGCGGUUUCUGCGCUCCGAAGAAGGAAAGAAGAUUUGCGUCGUGCAGCGAUUGGACUGGGCCGCCCGAUACCGUAUGAAUGACCUUGAGGUACCUGUUUCAACUCUUAAGAGAAUAAUCGAUUUUCUGUUUCAGAACGACCUGUACCAGUCGAUGAACGGUCUCCACAUGCUGGCCGAGUUGGGCGAAAAUCCUGAAUGGAUUAAUUUGUGCGAAGCCGCCAAAACGCGAAUAAUUGACUUUUUCUUCCGCCUCGAAAAAUCAUUCGCACAAACCAUCUUGCGUUUUCUGUGAUGCUCUUUCUAAAUUUUUAUAUUUCUUGCUCACUUUACAAUUGUUCAAACUUUUCAUUCAAUCUCUUGUCAAACUUCAUAUUUCCCUGAGGAACACAUCUGAGAAUUUAAAAGCAUUCUGAAUUUCCAUGCAUGAACAAAAAUCCCAAUUUUUUUGAAUUCGUCUCUGACAUGGAAAAAAAUCUUUCCAAAAUAUCUUGAAAGGAUCCGCGAAUUUUUAAAAUUCAUCGGUGAUUAACGUUUGUGGACUUAUUUCCUUCCUACGUGUAUACUUUUUCCUUUUCUCAACCAAAAAGCCUUUUUCUACUCUGCAUCAUCUUGUUAUCUUUUUACUUGUAUUUCUUUUUGUUUCUACUGUGUUUUCUGUUAUAAAUUUUUAUUUUUUUAUAGAACCAUCCAUUUUAGUCCUAAUCUCUGUUCGAUUCUUGAAAUAUUUUAUUGAAACCUUAUUAAUUAAUGAGUGGGAUCUUACUUGAUCCCUUCAGAUGUUAUUGUUCCCUGUCAAGAGGAAAAAACCCUCCGUUUCGGACCAUAACAGACUCGAAGUCGAUGAUACUCUCGAUGCAAAAGAGCAACGAUACGAACUCACGAUCCGCAAUUUAAAGGAGCAACAACUCAAUCAACUCGAAAAACUCGAGAAGAAGUCAGAGGAGUGCGAUCGAGUCAAAUUGGAACUGUCAACGCUCAAAUAUCGCUUCGAGACCUUCAUCGGAAACUCAGAUGUUCUGCACUACGAAAACGCGAGACUGCAAGCCUCUAUAGAAGAACUGACCCUGAACAAUUCGGAAAUCGGAGCCCUCCGCGAGAAUCUCAUAAGUUUACAUAAUGAGAACGCGAAAUUGAAGGCCUCUGUGGAAAAAUUGACUUUGAAGAACUUGGAACUUGAAUAUCUACGCGAGAAACAGAAAGAUUCGCAAUAUGGAAAUUCCGAAGCUAAGCAAGGAGAUGCGAAGUUGAGAGAACUAUUGCAUGAGCUGAGUUUGACGAAAACGAAGGUCAAAGUCCAACGCAAGAAUCUCAACUAUUUGUCUUUCCAUAAUGACAACCUCGAAUCCGAGGUUCGACACCUGAAAUCGGCCUUGUCUACUUUCAAAGAAACUGAACCAAUAGAAGAUGAGCGACCGUGCCCCUAAAUAAUUCUCCGUCUGUGGUAAUGAUAGAUAGGAGAUAAAUAUUAUUUUUAUGAUGUCAGUUUACUGCGGCCGACGCUCCAGCUCAAACUGAUGCCAAAUUGGUUGACAUAGAAUGGUACGUUCGGUAAAGAAAGUCGACUUAGGCACUGGAGGCGCGUUUUUGUUUCCAAAAGUGCGCAUGCGUCGCCUGGGUUUCUUUUUAUUUUUCCACUUUUUUAGCUAAUUGAAAAUUUUUAUAAGUUUAGUAUUUUCAAGUCUUUGAAAAAAACUUGAAAAAUAUAACUCUCUUCUAAAGUGUUCGGGAUCGCUUUUAAAAAGCACUAGGUAGGUUUCUUCUUGAUUUUCAACCUUGAACGUAAUGUUGAAAUUUUUCGAUUUUUUUAAUCGGAAACUGCAUUUUUUGAUUUUUAAAAAUUUUUUUGGUCCGUUCUUUUUCCAUAGACUCAGUGUAUAAUUGUUAACUUUAAAUAUUAUUCUGAAUUUACAUUCAGCAAGAAUUUUUUUGUAACGUAUAUUUGUGUUGCGAUUUAUUAUGAGGGAUUUCUUUUUCCUAUAGCUGGUUCACGGCUGGCUUGAGGCAUCGAAAAAUGGUCCUGACAAGAUAAUGCACUACAUAGGGCCUGGCUCGGGCAGAGCGCAGACAGGACACGCCCUCUUAUCGUCCCAAGCUGGCCGUGAAUCAGCUAUAUAUUCCGAAAUAGUAGUUCAAUUUUUCAACUUGGAAAAACUGAAAUUGUAAUUUUAGGCAAGAACGGACAUUUUUCGAUGGGAAUUCUCGUUGUGUGGUGGAAAUUGGAUGCUGUCCAAAAAAUUUCUCUACUUGUUGGGAUAUCAAAACGAAAAUGUUGAUUACAUAUCUUUACAACAAACAGGAAUUUUCCGAAACGAAGGUUUGCUGGAGAAAAUAUUAAACUUUUUACAACUAUAUUUCAUUGUCAGACUUGCUGCUUCAGUUCACAGGAUCCGUUAGUUCUAUUCGUUUUGAACAAGGUUUUCUGUUUUUCCUUUUGUUUAUAUUGAUAUAAGAGUUUUUAAAAGCUCCAAAUUUUCAAUCAUUUUUUUCUAUCAAUGGCUUCUAAGUAUUAAACGAUUUUUCAGACAUCGAUGAGUUUAAAAAAACACAAGUUCAGUGCGAUGUUCGAUUGAAAUAAUCGAGAUAAAUGGAUUAGAAAGGUUUUCCUUAUAAUUUCACCUUUCCCAUGAUUAUUUGUUUUUCAGAGAUGAAAAACCGGUUCUUCUUCCAAGAUUUGAUUUUUCAAGUCCAGAAACGUAUCACGACGAAGUUUUUCUUUGUAGAGGGUCAACCCUUUUUGUAAAAAUCUCAGGUCCAUCGCGAAUGUUAAAUUUGAUUGGAAAAAAAAAUUUUAGAUGGUUUUUCUGCAUUGUCCAGCUCUCAGGAAACUUCUCAGUAAACUGAGAAACGGACGGAAAAAGGAAGUUGACAGGGAAUUCGGCGUCAAUGAACGACAAAUCAGUGGAAUCGAGCUGAGUGACGUCACAGCCGAGGAGUUCCGUCACUUUUUGAACGCAAUAUACGCCUCUCGCGAUGGAAUUUGUGGUGAGUUCACUUCCAAACCUUUUUUGGCAAUUUCAUUUUUAUUUUGAGCCGAAAGUGUUAGAGCCGUUCUGAAACUGGCUGACAUGUACGAGGCGACAGUUCUUUUCCCGAAAUGCGAACAUUUUCUGCGAUCCGAAGAAGGGAAGAAAAUUGGUAUCGCGCAGCGUUUGCACUGGGCCGCCCAAUACCGUAUGAAAAAUCUCCAGGUACCGGAUCCUGCUCUGAAAAGGAGAAAAGACUUCAGGAAGACCUGUACAAGUCGAUGAACAGCCUCCACAAGUUGGCCAAGGUGAGAGAAAGCCCUGAAAGGAUCAACAUGUGCGAAGCCGCCAAGACUCAAUUGAUCGCAUUUUUUUCUUUCGCCUUGAAAAAUCAUUCUCACAUCGAGUUUCACUUUUUCUUUAAGUUGAUUCUUGUUGGACUUCUUUUUCUGUUAGCAGAUAUUUUAAAUUUUUAUUGAUUGUUUUUUUUCUUCCAAAAGAAAAGCUCUGAUAGUUAGUUGAGGUGAUAAUUUUGAGAUUUGAAAAAUUAUUCUCAUUAUAUUACCUUCUACUUCAAUUUCUUCUUAAUACGCUUUUUUGCUUUCAUUGCUCUCAAAGCAGCCUUUUUCAAACUUCCAUAUGAAUAUAUUGUUAUAGAGUUUCGCCUCCUGUAUUAUUACAUUAUAAAUUUUAUUACUUUAAUAAGCUGUAUUUAAUCUUUUUCGGUUUUCAUUCUCAAGACUUACCUUUUUGUGCGAAAAGACAUUUUGCGACCAUUUUUCAGAUGACCGAACCGUCCCGCUUCUGUGUUUGUUGAUGCUCGUCCUUGCCUCGAAUCUUUAAAGGGAAAUUUCUUUUAAGAUUGGAGACGACCUCUAA